AUGCGGUUGAUUGCCUUCCAGGACCAAUACAGCGUGCCCAAUACCGCGCCAGAAGUGAACGAGGAGACGCUGGUACCCCUUAGCAAGUCCUCUUCGGUAAGCGACCUGAUCGCGAGCAACGAGAAGAAGAUCGCCGGCAACACGGCCGCCAAGCGUGGAGGUGCUGGUGCUCACAAGCGAGGGUUCUCUGUCGGUUCGUCCCGAUGGCCAUUCGGGGGGAAAAACUAA